UCUUCCUCUGCACAGGUUUUGAUAAAUCUCCGCCAAUGUGUCUGCGAUCUUAUGGAAAAAGUAACGCGCAAAAAUUUCAGGUGGUCGGCACAAAAAUAUUCCGGGGACUAGUGACAUUGAUAUUCAAUGGAUGUUCCAUUUGUUUCUAUGAGCCUCAGCACGGCAUCUUCUACCACCAUGUCAUCCACGGGCGCAACCUCAUCCGGGAAGGGAGCCGGGAAACUGACCAGCUUCGUCCCUGAGCUCCAGAGCAUGAUGUUCUCACUUGGUGACGCACGUCGCCCCCUGCAGGAAACUGCUGUUCUGGUGGAAGACAUAGUUCACACUCAGCUUAUCAAUCUGUUGCAGCAAGCGGCUGAUGUGUCUCAGAUGAGAGGCGCCAGAGUUAUUUCAGCAGAAGAUCUUCUUUUCCUCAUGCGCAGAGAUAAGAAAAAAUUAAAGCGACUGCUGAAAUACAUGGUGUUCCGCGACUACAAGUCCAAGGUGCUGAAAGGCACUGAGGAGGAUGAUCUGGAAGUUACGUAUUACAGCAGCAGCUCAGGAGGAGGAACGCAUGAGAAACUGGCCGCUAACAAUAAUGCGAAUAAACGUCAGAAACUAGCCCAGGACUUUCUGAACUCCAUUGACCAGACCGGAGAGCUCCUGGCUUUGAUGGAAGAUGAGGAGAUUGAUGAAGUUAAGCAAGAACGGAUGGAGAGAGCUGAUAAACAAACCCGCAAUAUGGACUCUGCACAGUAUGCAGAAUUUUGUGAAAGUCGUCAGCUAAGCUUCUCUAAAAAGGCCUCCAAAUUCCGAGACUGGCUGGACUGCAGCAGCAUGGAGAUUAAGCCCAACGCUGUGGCCAUGGAAAUACUUGCUUAUCUGGCCUAUGAAACUGUGGCUCAGUUAGUGGAUUUGGCUCUGCUUGUGAAGCAAGAUAUGUCUUCCAAAACAAGUGAUCCAUUCUCACAUGCCAUGUCUGCUACGUACAUACAAAGUCAUAAUCCCUCGGAGACACUCUUCCAGAAUCAACCAUUGAAGAGCAACCCAGACACCCCAGAAAACACCCCUCCUGCCACACCAACUCCCCCAUCAACUGGUGCCCAACAUGUGGGCAAGAACCAGCCUGGGUCUCUUGGUAACGGCUCGCAAACACCUGACUCUGCUAAGGCAAAACAGAGGAAAAGAAAAAAGAGCGCUGCAGCCGGUGGGAUGGAGUCAAACAGCGAUGCCAUCCAGCCUAGCCACAUCAGAGAGGCCAUACGACGCUACAGCCACAAGGUUGGCCCGCUCUCCCCAUUCACGUUGUUUUCUGGAACCUUCUAAACAUGAUUUGUUGUAUACCUGAAUCCUCAUAUUCUAGACUAGCGCCUACAGCAGGACCGGGAUGCCAUUUUUAGCCUGUUAAUAGGAAGUAAAAAGGAAAACAAGAAGGUUACAUUGAGGUGAUGAUUCCAUGUAAGAAGGGAGAGCCUGCUCCUCAGAGUGAGUGGGACGAUUGUUGUGACUGUGCACUGGCUGGAUGUCUCAUUUUCAGCCCCCUCAAUCUUCACGCUUGUUUACUAGUUGGAACAUUGAGCUAAUUACCGGCAGGAUGUUUGGGAGCUUUGUGUGUAGGUGGAGGAGAAUUCGCAGCACACAGCUCUGUCGUUGGCUACAAGCACACUGCCAUCAUCUGCCCACAGAUGCAAAACGCGCUGUCAUCCUUUCUGCCGGGUUGGGCCUGUUUACAUUGACCCGGAGAUGGGAUUACUCUGGUUUCCAUUGUGCGCAGGAAAUAGGUUUAGUAGUUUCAGGUGUCAUGUGUCACUUCAGGCUUUCCAAAAACUGUUGGACCAAAAAUACAUUUUCAUUCUUAUUUUCACAUUUGAGCACAUUUAAAGGGACCCUAACAUCUGGUAAUCUCUUCUUUGUUCUGUUAUUGUUCCAUCUGUUGAUCUCUUCUAUCAUCCUUAAAGGGGUACUCCGGUGGAAAACAUGUUUUUUUAAAUCAACUGGUGCCAGAAAGUUAAACA